GUGGCAGCAUGAAUAACCUAUCACAACACUUAAAUUUAAAUCAGUGCGAAGACACUCAUUUUUAAAACACAAUAAGAGAUCCCCAACCCAGUGAGAAGUGAUUAAACUAAAUAUAUUUGAAAUGGAUUCAGAAAUUCUAUCCAUAUUAGAAGAUUCUUCUACUGUUAUCAAUUCAACCAAGGCCUUAUCAUGGUCUCAUGAUAACAGAGCGAUCUUAUGUUGCGCUCAGAAAGUUCUGAUUAUCAAUGUGGUAUGCCAAAAAAAUAAGCAGCUAAAUUUUAAAUAAAUUUGCUACAUAUUAGACCUAAUUUUGGUAAUUGUAUGCUUACGUUUACUCCUGUUCUACCGUGUUUCUUUGUGUGCUACUUUAUUUAGUAAAUAUUACUUCAUUGGGCUUGCACUGCUUAUUUUUUUUAAAUUUCCCACAACUGUCAUCAUCUUGGCCUUGGUUACUAUACUUAUACUAUGAAAUGAAGGCACAUGCAAUGAUAAUGGCAACCAAGAUGGCAGAUGUGGAAAAAAAAAGUAGUGCAAGCUCACGUCUGCUAAAAUAGGGAGGGGAAAGAGAGAGCAUGUGCUGUUUUAGUUACCCAAAGAAAGAAGGCAGUGUCUACACGUCCGGCGCGCCGGACGUCUAUCUCCUGCACUAUGUGUCCGGGGACCAAGUCACAUGACCGCCGUAACAAAGGGGCGAGAGAUAUCGUGUCGGUCAGCCUUGUCACGUGACUGCGAAUAAUUCAAAACUAUUGUUAAUUUUAAAAUCUAUUUCUCUACCAAGUAAUGUACUGAGUAUCUUGAAUGCAAAUAAUAGAAAAAGAAACUUAAGUGAAAGUGGCUUGUAAACAUUUUUGUUUAGUUUGUUAUUUUUUGUGUACCAGUAAUCCAUAAAAUAAAUUAGGGGCCAGUGUGGCAACCAAUAAAAGUUAAAGAUUUCAUUUUAAAUUAUUUCAAUUGCUACAAAAUAUUUAAAAACUUCUCAUGAAACUACUGUUGCUGAGGAACAUGAUAAUAUAAAUAUAUACAAAAUAUUUUAAUUAAAAUGGGAAGAAAAAAAACGACCCUAUCCCCGGUAUAGAUCCUCAAACAUUCCUAUCGUCAAGCAACCACUCUACCACAAGACCAGACAAGAUGUACUAAAUCGUACUUCGUUUGGAAUUAUAAAAACUACUAGCCGUCCGGCCAUGUCCGGCGGUCACGUGACAAGUCGCCGGACGUGUAUCUUGCGCACUACACGUCCGGCGCGCCGGACGUGUAGACACUUCGAAGAAAGAAAAAUAGGAACAAAGUAUAAAAAUUGAAUGAAAUAAUUUCAGCUGGCACAAUGUAGACGUAGCAACUUUAUUGUAUCUCUUUAAAUAUGCAGCAAGAAGUGUCAACAACAAGUGCAAUUGCCCUCUUUACUUGCAUAAUUUCAGCUGGUACAACACAGCAACUUUAUUGUAUUCCUCUAGCUAGAUAUGUGUCAAGCAAUGUCAAUGACCUGUGGUCACUCUCUUCCCUCAACAAAAACAUGUGUGCUAAGUUACACACUGUGUGGUAAGAAAAGUGUAAAAAUGAAGAAAAAUAAAGUAAAAUGUUAUUAAAAUAAUGAAAACCCAACCUACAUUUUCAUAGAAUUCACUUUUAAACCAUCUUAUUGCAGGGUCCACCAAAAAUAAAAUUCAAAAGCUGUCAGAAAAAUCUAUACAAUACCCAUCAUUGACAAAAAAAUUAAAAAUGCUGGAAUAAUUAAAUAUAACGACCAACCAAUGAAAUUAUAGACUAAUUUAAAACAUGCCAUCGGCACAUUGAUAUUUAAAAAAAACAACAAUUAACUCUUAGUAACAAUCCAAUAAUAAAUAAAAUGGAGAGAAUCCUACACUGAAACUCAAAUUGGCAUGCCUUAGAUACAGCCCUUUUUUUCACACAGUCACUAUCUUUGUUGCUAUGACACCAGACUAUCAAUUUAUUUUAUGAAUUAACAUUAAUUUUUUUUAAAAUCAAAGGCCUAAUAAUUAUAACAAGGCUUCAAAACUUGUAAAUCCAUUUAUACUGUUCUUUUUUUAUUGACAUAAAUUUCUUUUUCAAAAUUGUUGCCCCCACCAGAAAUGUGCUGGUGCCCACUCUGGGGGGGGGGGGGCAUUGGUCUUCAUAUGAAUAAAUUUAGGAUAGCAAUAUCUUAAAGUGCAAAUAAUAUUUUUUGCUGUAAAUAUUUGUGUUGACCUUUUUCUUUUUUUAUUGAAAUAAAUUUCUUUUUCAAAAUUGUUGCCCCCACCAGAAAUGGGCUGGGGCCCACUUGGGGGGGGGGGGGGCAUUGGUCUUCAUAUGAAUAAAUUUAGGAUAGCCAUAUCUUAAAGUGCAAAUAAUAUUUUUUGCUGUAAAUAGUUGUGUUGACCUUUCAAAUUGAUAGCAGAAAAUACUUCCGUAUUGCUAGAGCUUGUCCUUUUUUUAGCAAAUGCUUGUGACAUAAUCAUUUUUCAGUUUUAUAAAAUUGCUUUAUCCAUUGUAUGUUAAAAUGGUUAUCACUCAAAAUGUAAUUUAUUAUAAUGAACAUGACCAUAUAUAAAUAUAUGUAUUUCAGGUGUGCAAUGAAAAUCCCACCACCAAGAAAGAAUUUUUCAGGACAGUUAUUCAUGAAACACCAAACAUUUUAAAUCUUGGUGAAUUCUCAUACACAAAGGAUGUAUUGGUCUUGAAACCUUCAAUUGCUAACUUGGAUGAAGGUUGAUAAAAAAAAAUUUUUAAUUGUAGCGUCUUUUUAUUUGAUAAUUCAUUUGAUUUUUAAGAAGUAGUAGCAACGCAUCUGCAACAAUUUUUAUUAUAUUUUUAGUGAUUAUUAUUAAUUAAAAAGCCGUUGGCCACUUUAAAAACUGUUUUAUUAGCUGCUACAGUUUUGAUUUACCAUAGAUAUUUGUUCAUAAGUUGGCGCAUUCAUAAACCGACCACCUUAGUUUUGAUUGGGCAAGGCCUGAAAAGUGUAUAACUUGUUCAUAAGCCAAUCCCUAAAAAUAAUGUGACAUUAAAAGCAAUACAGUACUAAAGACAAUCCAAACUUUUAAAUAUAAUUAUCAUGUAAGACUAAAAACUAAUUAACAUCCAUUAUUUUAAAUUACUGUAUUUAUUGGCGUAUAACACGCACCAUUCGCGCCGCAAGUUUGACCAUGCUAAAACACUUCUGAGAGAAGUGCUCGCAUAGAGUACAAAACUGCAACUUUGUGCUACCGCUGCUUACAUGACCUGGCGCCGUCCUAUCUGAAAGAGCUGCUGACGCCUUAUGUACCCACUAGACAACUCCGCUCAUCCGAUAGUGGCAAACUCUCAACACCACGUGUUCGCCUUGAGACUUACCGAAAGCGCACUUUCGCAUUUGCUGGUCCAACAAUUUGGAACGCCCUUCCAGUCACUCUCAGAAACAACCAGACACUGGAGUCCUUUAAAACCAAUUUAAAGACACAUCUAUUUCGCAAACACCUUCUGGGAUGAUUGUCUACUAUAUUUUCCAGUUAAUGCAUAUUGGCUGUGUUGCUUAGGGUUGAAAUGGGUAGAAAGACUUUGACUUCGUAUGCUUGUAAUUAGUUUUUGUAGUGUUGCGUUUCUUUUAAAUGUGGUAAAUUAUAGUUGUUGUUUUUUUUUUUGGACUUGGUACCGCGCUUCAAGCUUUUGGGGAUGAAGGGUGUUUUUGAAAUAAACUUUAUUAUUAUUAUUAUUAUGCUGUAUGUACUAUGGGUCCUUAACAUUAUAUCGGCAUAUAACACGCACACAUCAUUUGCCCCCUAUUUUCAGAGAGAAAAAGUGCGUGUUAUACGCCAAUAAAUACGGUAGAUGCUCCCUUCGAUUAUCUACUUGUAUAUUAGGUAACCAUAUUGAAUAUUUCCAAGAAAGAAAACUUCAUUGAUCUACAAUAACAAUUUCAUUAUUCAAUGUAGGUACUUUGAUACCCCCUUAGCCCAUCCAAAAUGAGGAUGACGAUGUGACCCACACUUGCACCCUACCAAGUUUGCUCAUGGCCAUCUGCUGACUUCCAUUUAUUACAUUUUCCUUCUAAUAGAAUUAAUGUAUUAAUGGAUAAAAUUAUAAAAAUUUCCUUUGACCCACUCAUAAGCUGACUACCCCACUUAUUCCCCUGAAAUAUUUUUUUUUAAAGUUGUCUUAUACCAUAAAUGAGUAUAUUCAAUACAUGUUUUCAUUUCAUCUUUGAAACAAAAUUCCUGUAGAAGGCCUAUACCUUAGAUGGGGUAAGGCAUAAGUAAGUAAGUAAGUGAACAGCAAUACAUAAGCACACCCAAAGACUUACUGCUCUACAUUAUUACAUAUGGGCAGUCCAGUUUCAGUACCUGCAGCUGCUUCAAUACCAAAAUAUUCCAUUUUUGUUAUUAUCUUAAGCUGCAUGCGUAGUGUUUACCUCAUUUAUAUUGCCUAAUGCAUUCACUUAAUUCCACCUUAAAGUGUGAUUAAUAAAAGUAUUUAAUUUACUUUCUGUCAUUGUAGCUGGAAGGCAGAGAUUAAUGACUGAUCCAUCUCUUUGUGAAGAUUUUAUCUAUCCCAACGCCAUGCUCAACACAUUCAAGCAGGCAAAAUUGGCUUCAUUGUGCAGUGAUUCUCAAUGGUAAAUAUGUUCAAAGCACUGAUUCCAGUUGUUGGUAAACUUUUAAGCAUACAAUUAAAAAACUUUUUCAAAUUUUGGUGGCUUUUUAUUAUUGGAAUAAAAUUAAAAAACUAUGGUGUAUAGUCUAAAUCUAUAGAUAAUAUAUUACGGUUUUCAUGAAUUAUCUUUUCAAACCUAAUAGUCCAUUUAUUUCAGAACAAAAUCUUUUUUAAAAAUGUAUUUGUAAUCGAUACCUAAUGCCAUAAAUUUAUUCUAUAACAGUACAAAAAACGUUUUGGCUGCACUAACAUAUGGACACCGAGUUAUUCUCUACACUGAAACAUCUGGAGAAUGGCGCAAUGUCAGUAAAUAUAAAUACUUGAGUGUAAAGUUACUUAGGUUGCUUCAAUUUUUUUUUUUUCAGUUUUCUCUUUACAUGUUGCUUAUUUGGAACAGAUUUAUUAAAUAUAUAUUUAUACCAUGUUGAAAAUGGAAGUAACUACUCUAGUGACGUGAAAGAAUGUUGUGGUUGGACUCAAUAUAAUUUGGCAUUAUUUUAAGGACAAGCUGUUUAUGUUAGGGAUGUUUGAACAAAUUAUUUAGGCAAAGGGUUAUCAGUUUUAGGAAUAGCGUAUUAAAGCAAGAGUGUCAUUUGGGUGGGUGGGUGCACCACCCCACCCCAAUUGGCAUGUGUUAUUUAAAUUGCUGCUUUCUGUGACGCAUCCAGUUAUAAAUAACUCUACAAGCAGGCUAAGUUUUGAUUAGCCCCCCCCCCCCCCCCCCCCACAACAACAACCAACAGAAAUGACCUUCCUCUUUUAAACCUGUUUUUGGAUUUUUACAAUCUGUUUACCAUUGUUGUUUCACAUAGCUUAAGUCAGAUAGACAUGAUACUUUAUAUAGUUUUAACUUGGCAGCGGUAGGCUAAUCUUUUUUUUAUAACAGCAGACCUGUUUACCCUCCAACUCUUAAAAUGGUACAAUAUCAUCACAAAAUCGUUCAAUACAUUAUCUUAAUAGUAAAAAAUAAACAUACAGUAUAUAUAAUUUAUACACCUCAAAAUCGUACAUUGUACGCCAAAAUCGUAAGAGUAAACAGGUUUGUAACAGUCUUCCCUGUUUAAUAUUGUACCAGCACAUUGGUACAUGAGUGAAACAAAGUAUGGGAAAACCUGAAAAAAUGAACGCAACAAAAAAACAAACUUGACGGCAGGAAGCCUUCAUUAGCGAAAAAUGAUUUUUAUCCCAGUGUAUUAUAGAAGGAGAUAGACAGAUGUCUUUAUGCACUCACAAAAUGUUUGUUAUUCAAAUAAAUAUAAUUCCCAUUUAAAUAAAAAUGUUUAUUAUAAUGUUACCCCGAUUCAGCAAAAAUAUACCUAACAGCGUUAAAAUAGAGGAAAUUAAAUUUUUUAUAAAUUUAUCAGUAUCUUAAAAUCUAGAUAAAGCUGUUAUGGUAUAUCUGAUGCAAUUCUCAAUAUCAGCACUCCCAAAUAACACAUUAAUAAAAUUUCAAUGCUUGUCAAAUUAGCUGACCCAUCCAGUGCGAAGUAAGAUCUGACGUGCCAAGCAAAGUACACUGUGUGUUAAUCUUUUACUAAAAAACAAAUUUUUACAUCUUUUUGUUUUCAAAUGAAAAAAGUGGCCCCUAUAACAAUUUAUAGAAACAAAUUACUAUUGGGUUUCAAAACUGAUAAUUGGAAAUCCAGUUAUUAGUGAAUUUCCACGAAGUAGGAUUCUUUAUUUAUAAAUAAAAUAUAUUCGUAGUUGGAGCCUAGAAAACCUGUUCAUGUCCCUCUAAAUACAGCUUUUAACAUUAUUAGACAAUCUGGGGGUGCUCAAAUACAUAGGCAUGCAGUCAACACAUACCGUAAUUUUAAUUGUAAUACAAAGGUGUAUAACAGACUCAUGACCGAGCGCAUGCUGUAUCAUUUCCACUAUCUGGAUCAACUUUUUAAUGAAUACUUUUUACAUGUGGAAAAAAAACACCAUAGAGUAAAGCCGUGGAAAUCAAAGUGUGAAGUGGCGAGGGACGACUUUAUCGUUAAUCAAAUUACAAUCUCCUGGCUUCAUCAUAUGAACAUUCGAUAAAUCAAAUGUGUUGUGUCUGAUGAUUUUUUUGUUGUAAGUUGGAAGAAAGCAGUGAGAUAUGACAUGAAAGCAGCAAGGUCAGCAGAGGAUUUUUGGUAUAGUAGAGUAAAAAGCAGUGUUUACAGGCUGUCGGAGUGUAUUCUAAUGUAGACUGCAAUGUCCCUAAUUGAUUAUUUAGUAACAGAGAUACAUCAUGUUACACAAGUUACUUUAUGAAAACACACUCCUAGCAAAAUGAGCCCUGCUACAUUUCAUUUCAGGCUACAGAUUUAAGCCCAACUAUUAAACAUGGUUUAAUGGCAGUUUCGGAAAUACAGACAAGACCCCCUUUUACCAUUGGACGCAAUAUAACACUAGAUGACUAUACUAAAUUUAUGUAUGGUAUGUCAACUGUUGGUAAGGAAAUGAAUUAUUCCAUUUUUCCUUCUGUUUACUAAUUUUACUUUUUAACUGAAAAUGGUAAAUUUGCUUCUGUGAUGAUGUCCAUUUCAUAAAAACUCAUAUGACUUUUUCUAUGUUGCCUUCAGUAAUUGAGUGGUCAAGUGGAAUUUAUUUGCAAGAUGGAACCCAACUUUUACUUCUCUUUUUGGGAACUCGAUAUGGCCAUAUCCAUAUAUGGGCAUUUAAUGGGACACCUGGAAACAUGUAAGUUGUUUUUUUUAUAAGGACUAAGCAUAAGACUAAGUAAUAGCGCCACACACCUUCAACAUGAAAUUUAAUCAGUGAUAAAUUUGAAAUAAUUUUUUAGGAAUCUGCAUUCCUUUUUUUUUUCUUUUUUUUUUAAAAAUCAUGAUAUUUAAUAUGUGCCAAGCAAAGUUUAUUUAUAUCCUUGCACAAUGCCAUCGAAUUCUGCUGGAGGGAUAAUUAUUUUAUGGGAUUUUUUUUGUCUUUGGCUCGGUUAUUUUUAAAUUUAUGCUUCACGACCCAAUAAAACAUUUAUCAUUUAUCCUGGCCCAUAUGUAACAGAAGAAGAAUUUGUCAUUACAGUUUUCAUUUAGUAAAGAACCAAUUACCUUACAUAAACCUUACCAUACCUUUAACAGGGAAAAUAAUUCCUUAAAAAAUAUACUUUUCUUGUAAAACUAUAAAUUAUUUGUAGUUUACAGUGAAAAGAUAAAUUUAUUCAUUUUCCUUGUUCUGCUUGCAAUUGUGUCUUUACUUUAUUUCUGAGGACAACAAGUGUUGAAAAGCCAGCUUCACACAGGCUACAAAUGUCAUCCCCUGGGUAUUCUUGAUGACAAUACACCCAAAAAAUCCCAUCAGAAGUAUUCUGCCCAAGAUGUCUUUGAGUUAUGUAUCAUAAGGAAGUAUCACCGAUCCAACAUGUUUUUAAUUCAAUGGAUGAGGAUGGGAUUUUAUAAAGAUUAUCCAUCAGAAUGAACAUUUCUUCAGAUUGUGUAAGAAGUAUAUCAAGGAGAAGUUCUUCAUGAGUUUCAAUGGCAAAAUCAAAUCUCACAAAAGGCUUAGCUCAGCAAUUUUCUCAUGUGUGAACUUUCAUCUACUUGCUAGGAAGCAAAACUACACUUUAUUCAGUUUCUUUGAUAGUAUCUUCCAUUUCCACUAUUCUGAGCUUUGUUUGUCGAUGUUUAUAGUGUCAGCAUAGUUACUUGGGGCUCCUGUGUCUUGUCACAUAUGCAAGAUGUUAACUUUUUCACUGCUAGAGCUAGUAGUUCUAGUGUGUGAGGUUGAAAACUCUUAGCCAAUAAUAUUCAUAUUUCACAAGAAAUUAUUGUUGCAAGGUUUUCAAUUUUGAAGGCCCUAAGAAAAGUAAAAAGACAUGGUUCUCUUGUUGCUAGCUUUAAUUCUCUCUUUUUAUUUAUAAAGAAAAGGUUUUGCAUGAUACUGCAUUCCUGAUGUUUUAUUACGUGUUUAUCAAUUUUCAAAUUAAAUGCAAUCAGUAAACACAACCCAAAAUUUUCUCUCUCCCGUUUUUCUCCACACUAAAGUUCAACUGAAUUUUUGUUUAUGAUCUAGGAGACUUUCCAACUUGAGGUGAUCGAGCAGUGUUUUAAUACAAUUUAAAUAGUUCCCUUUUGCAUUCAAAUUAUGCUCAGCCCUCUGAAACUGUGAUGCCAACAUUAAAAACUCACAAUAAAUGUAAAAAAAUGUUUUGACUUGAAAAAUGUGUUGACCUCAUUCAUGUUGCAAUUAUUAUGAAAUGAUAUUAAUUAUUACAUUUUUACUUUUGAUCUCAUUAUUUCAUCAGCAGUGACAGUUUUGUCUACAAGGCUACCAGCAGCUUCAGAUCCGAAGUGACAUCUUUACAAUGGUUGUCAAGGUCCCCAAAGAUGGGUUGGUAAAGUAAAGAUUUAAAUUAGAUUGAUGCACAUUUAAUCUUAAAAAGGGGUAAAAGUGGGGAGGGAGUUGUUAAGAAGUGCCUCCAGCAGAUAAAAGAUAUGAUGCCAGCAGUGGUGUAGCCAGGUUCGGGACCACUAACCAAAUAAAUAUUUUUAACUCAUUGAAUUCUUGAUUGAUUUGAGUUAUUAUUUUUAGUUUUGAACCACUGAAAAAUCCAAAAAGUGGAACAAAGGUAUAGUUUAAUAAUGAUCAAGUCCACGAUGGAGGGAAGAAGCGAUGAAAGCGCAGGAAGGUGCGCAAUGAUAGCGGGGCGGACAAGCUCCGCUCUGGAAUUAUUAUCGAUACAACAGAUCCAAUGUUGCAGUGAAUAGGUCUUCAUGAGUCAAAUGUAGUUACUAUUGGCACCAUUUUCUACCACAGUUUUAAAUUUUAACAAAUUGUGUCCAAUUGUGAAAUAAACCUUUAAUUACCUGACCAGCUGUAUGUAUAUUUGACAGGCGUGCUUGCAGCUGGAUUCACAAAUGGGGCUUUGACAGAGUAUGUCAUCAAUGUCAGCAAUGAUGGCAACGUCACGAUGGUGGAGGGGUAUGGAGAUUUGACAGAAGACAACCUUACAAUAAGUGACAUGGCAUGGGGAAAGAUAAGUGAGGUGUGUCAGUUUGUCAUAUUUUUUCUGCACUGCCAUCAAAACUUACUGUGCUGUAACAGCUUUAAACUGGAAACUGCUUGUGCCUAUGAAGAGUCAAAAUGUAAUUGAUUUGCAUAGACAGAAAUUAGUUCAAAGUUGUUGGUAAUCUAUAUCACUUAUAAGGGUGUUAAACAAUGACUGAAUUUCUGGUCCCUAGCCAUGCAUUAAGAUAAAUAUGUUUCUUAAAUUAUCCAAAUAAUGGAAAUGUUUUAUUAUUACAUUGUUAAUAUUCAUUUUCAGCACAUAAAUCAAUACAUAUUUUAACCAAGACAACAUUUUACAAUUAUCCCAAUUUAAACACAAGACAUCGGAAGUACUCACGGGGGGGGGGGAGACAACACAGUUAACAUAGAUACUGAUGAACCCUGCCCAGAUUCUAUCUUCAGAUGGCCCACUUAUCCGAAACUUUUGGCUUAAUAUCAUUUUGAAUGGCCCAACAGGAUUUUUAAACACAAGACAUCGGAAGUACUCACGGGGGGGGGGGAGACAACACAGUUAACAUAGAUACUGAUGAACCCUGCCCAGAUUCUAUCUUCAGAUGGCCCACUGAUCCGAAACUUUUGGCUUAAUAUCAUUUUGAAUGGGCCAACAGGAUUUAAGUUUCCUUUUGACCAAUGCAAAAUUUUUGCGCCUCUAUGCAUAACCUGUACAAAAUCCUGUAUAGCCCUACUAAUCAGAAAAUAUCUUUAAAAGAUAAAAAAAUCUUACCAACUGUAAACUGUAUCACUUGCCAUUUAUGGUUAUUGCACAUAAUUAUUAUAGGUGUUUUAAUGCCUGCUAUGCCUGCUCUCUGAAGUCGAUCUUUACCAUACCGGGAUGACUAGUAUUUCUUUGUCAAUUUAAACAAUUUGCUAACUGUUUGAUUAUUAUUUUUGCAUUCGAUGCAAUAAAAAGAAAAGGUUGAUCUGUUUAAAAGCAGUUUUUUUUCCAAAAAAAAAAUAAAUUAACAUACCUACCGGAGAUUUCCGUAAAUAGGCCCACCCGAGCAUAAGCCCAUGGGCCUGUAUGCGGAAAGUCUUUCCUUUCUGUAUACAGGCCCAUGGGCUUAUAUUAGGUUAAAAAAUUAUUAAGCCCACAUAUCGAAACUUCUGAUGAAUCGUCACUGUCAUUAAGUAUUAUAAAAAUAAAUUUUAAGUUUUUUUUUAUUGUUGCUAAACAUAAAACUUCAAUUGAUGAACGUAAAACCACAAUUGUAUUAUUUUCUGAAUAUUUUAUAGGAAAUUAUUUCAAGGAAAAAAUUGUUUUCUGAACCCGCACAUGCAUUUCCCUUUCUGUUUAUGAUUCGAUAAGCCUUCUUUAAAACAUGCCUCAAAAAAGAAAAUCCUGCACAAUCGACAAUAAAUUGGAUAUCAUUAAGAAACUAGAGAAUGAAUAUGGAGGGAAUAUUAGUCAAGCAUCUAGAGAGACUGGUAUAGAUAGGAACCGAAUAAGAGAGUGGUUAAAACAAAAAAAUGAUUUGUGCCAGGGAGAAGAUAAGAAAAGAAAAAGACAGAUUGGAGGUGGAAGGCCAGCCUUUCAUGAAAGGUUAGAACAUGAUUUGUUUGACUGGUUUGUAAAAAAAAAGGGAGCAAAAGAAAAUUAUCAACUCUAAGAAUAUAAGAGAGAAGGCACUUGCAUUGAAAGAAGAAUUUGAAGUCGGCGAUGAUUUUAAAUGCUCUGAUAAAUGGAUCUAUAAUUUUUGUCAGAGGCAUAACUUAAGUUCACGAAGAAUAACUCAUCAUGGCCAACAAAAUGACAGACCUAAAAUGGUGAUUAAAAGGACAGUGAAAAAUUACAUGGAAUGUGUGCAUGCAGCAACGGUCGGACUUACCGAUGAUGAUAUUUUCAACAUGGACGAGACCCUAUGCUAUGUUGACAUGAUUGGGAGUUCAACAUUGCAUUUUGUUGGUGACAAAAAUGUUGACGGCAUGAACACAGGGCAUGAAAAGACAAGGUAUGCAGUGGUUUUACAUGCGGAAAAUAUUUUUUUGACAGUGUCAAAGGGAGGCUCCAUGACAGAGGAUCUAAUGAUUGAAUGGCUAGAAAAUGUCUACAAAAGAAGAGGGCCUUAUUUCGCAAAAAACAAAUCGUUGUUGAUCAGUCACAGGUCCCACACAAGUGAAGCUGUUCUUGCAGCAUGUACACACAUAAAUGAGACUGUCAAACUUAUUCCUGCAAAAACAACAUCAUUCCCACAGCCCUUAGAUGUUGGUGUUAAUUUCCCAUUUCAGGCUAUUUUAAAGCAGAAAUGGAAAGAUUGGUUUGAAAAUGGGGUGAAGGAAUAUACACUAGGUGGAUACAGGAAAAAAACAUCUUAUGAACAAUUACUUCAAAUGGUGUCAGAAAGCGUAAAAAUGAUCUCACCUGAAAACAUACGAAAAUCAUUUAGUGCAUGAGGGGUAAUAUGUGAUGAUGACAAACAUCUCAACCAGCCAUUGAAAGCUGUAAUCAGUUUUGAAGCUGAAGAAAGUAUCAGACGUGCACAUGAACAGAGCGAUGAUGAAGAAGAGUCCGAUGACCUUUUUCCAUGUAAACGCCAAUGGGCCUUUAUUUGGUACAAAAAUCUCAAUCAUGUAACAUCAAUUUUUCGUUUUGAAGCCCAGGGCUUAUUUACGGAAAUCUCUGGUAAUUUUUUAAAAAUAUACUUAGUGGGACCAAAUGCCAUGCUUGGGUUUACCAAGGCUAGGGGAUCAUAACUGAAGGCAACUACCCAGAAUGCUUAGACUUGAAGGAUGUUCCCCCUUAGUAGGCUGUGCUUGGGGCUAUCAGUGUAGUUAGUAAGUGAUGUUAUCAAUGCUAGGCAAUGAUGCAGACAGAGGUAGAUACCAGCUGGUGAGCUGCGGUGAACAAGAUCAGUUCUGAUAGAAAGUUGUGGUGCAGAAGGCCAGAGCUCUCCAUGGGUUGUAAUGCCAUUGGGGAGGGAUGGAUCACAUUGACAGACAGGUCAUUCAAUAUCUGAAGUUAGGACUUGAGAACAAUUUCAAAAAUGUGCAUAUUGAAAAAAUGAUAGAUUAAAAUUGAGAGAUGUUGGCGUAGUAAUUGGAGUUGUUGACAAAUGCAUCCAAAUAUUUGAUGAUCCAUUAAUUUUUUAUGUCAAUUUAAUUUUUCUUAUGCCUUUUAGAAAAUUACAAUAUUGGUGGCAUGCAAACCAUAUUCCCUCCAUGUAUAUGCUCUGGAAGGUAAUGGCAUGGGUUUUGUACGAAGCUACAACAUGGACACAGGGAUGCCACUUACUUGUGAGUUUAUCCUUAACUCCGCCAUAAUUGUUUGUAAUAUAAAGACACAGGACAAUAUUUAUAUUUCACAGAGAAUGCCUUAGAAUGGUCAUUAAUACUGCCUAAAAGUAGAUCUUUUUUAAAAAUUAUUAUUAGCCAGCAUACAAGUUUUUUUUAUUAUUAGCCAGCAUACAAGUUGGUUUAAUUAUUAGCCAGCAUACAAGUUGGUUUUAUUAUUAGCCAGCAUACAAGUUGGUUUUAUUAUUAGCCAGCAUACAAGUUUUUUUUAUUAUUAGCCAGCAUACAAGUUGGUUUAAUUAUUAGCCAGCAUACAAGUUGGUUUUAUUAUUAGCCAGCAUACAAGUUGGUUUUAUUAUUAGCCAGCAUACAAGUUUUUUUUAUUAUUAGCCAGCAUAAAAGUUGGUUUAAUUAUUAGCCAGCAUACAAGUUGGUUUAAUUAUUAGCCAGCAUACAAGUUUUUUUUAUUAUUAGCCAGCAUACAAGUUUUUUUUAUUAUUAGCCAGCAUACAAGUUGGUUUAAUUAUUAGCCAGCGUACAAGUUGGUUUAAUUAUUAGCCAGCAUACAAGUUUUUUUUAUUAUUAGCCAGCAUACAAGUUGGUUUUAUUAUUAGCCAGCAUACAAGUUUUUUUUUUAAUUAGCCAGCAUACAAGUUUUUUUGUUUUGUUUGUAUGAUUAGAAGCUAAGUUUGAUGGUUAAUUUCCUCUGCUUUUGUUAAUAUGUAUGUCAAAUGUGAUUUAGCAGCCCUUUUAUUACAUGUUUUCUUUGGUUUACUUUACAACUGUCAUUUUAAUAAAUUCUGAUUUCAGCAAUUUCUCUCUGUGGUCCUUACGGGUUUACUGGGUCCCGUGAUGGGUUCAUGCACAUCUUACAAUGUACAUACAACAAAUCUGGUAUGGUUUUCAUUUUACUCUUUAACUAUAUAGUUGCCAAAGAAAUGGCUGAAGUUAAUUUGAAAGAAUUCAUAUUAAUGACAAUCCUCAGCAAUUCAAUCUAAUAAGACAGCAUUGCCUUUUAUCAGAGAUACCGCCACUCUAAUAAUUUUCAUAAUUUUCAAGUAAAUUUAAGAAUUCCUCACCUUAUUUGUGGUCUUAAAAAAUACAUUUGCGCCAACAAAUUUUUACUUGUAACAAUUAAUUUAAUAUAUAUAUAUUUAUAUUUAUAUGUUUUUGAUGGGAGCUGGUAUUAUAAAAAAUUAUUUAAAACUUUUCUUUUAUCUCUUAAAGCCGUAACGGAUAAGCUAACUCUUGAAAUUUCCAAAGUGACCUCGUCAAGUUUUGAGCAGACGCAUGAAUAUCCAUGGACAUUUUUAGGUGCAGCGAUGUCUUCACCUUCUCGUUUAUGUCUUAUUGGUAAAAGGUGAGUUUAUCCAGGAUGUCUUUAUAACUGAGAUUAUUAUUUUUUUAAAUGAUUUUUUUGUAAAAACUUAAUACCUGCAAUUUGUUUUCAUGGUUGCCCCACCUGCCUUGGUGAAAGGGGGGUGUAUUAAACCCUAGUCUAAAUCCUGUUGCUUUCUCUUUAACGAAGUGCAUAUAUGGUAUUACUAGGGUAUGGCCCAUACUCCAUACUUAUGGUCACAUACCAAAUGAUAUUGGCGUCACUGUGACUAACACAUGGACUCUCCUCUCUGUGAUGUCCAUGCAUUGAAGAUAACAACAAAGAUUACACAGGGCACUAAUAAAUAACAACUCCCCCAGCAACAGUUGUAAAUAGAGUAUUAUUGAUAAAUAGAGUGCAACAAAUCCAAUAAUGGCUCUUUCCUACCUUUAAAACUUGGCUGUCUAUCCCUGGGUUUAUCUUUGACUACAACUACUAGCAUUACGUCUGUCACUGUCUAUCCCUGGGUUUAUCUUUGACUACAACUACUAGCAUUACGUCUGUCACUGUCUAUCCCUGGGGUUUAUCAAUGACUACAACUACUAGCAUUACGUCUGUCACUGUCUAUUCCUGGGGUUUAUCAAUGACUACAACUACUAGCAUAACGUCUGUCACUGUCUAUCCGUGGGUUUAUCUUUGACUACAACUACUAGCAUUACUUCUGUCACUGUCUUUCCCUGGGUUUAUCUUUGACUACAAAUUCUAGCAUUACGUCUGUCACUGUCUAUCCCUGGGUUUAUCAAUGACUACAACUACUACCAUUACGUUUGUCACUGUCUAUCCCUGGGUUUAUCUUUGACUACAAAUUCUAGCAUUACGUCUGUCACUGUCUAUCCCUGGGUUUAUCUUUGACUACAACUACUACCAUUACGUUUGUCACUGUCUAUCCCUUGGUUUAUCUUUGACUACAACUACUAACAUUAUGUCUGUCACUGUCUAUCCCUGGGGUUUAUCUUUGACUACAACUACUAGCAUUACGUCUGUCACUGUCUAUCCCUGGGUUUAUCUUUCACUGCAACUGCUACCAUAACGUUUGUCACUGUCAAUCCCUUGGUUUAUCUUUGACUACAACUACUAGCAUUAUGUCUGUCACUGCUAUCCCUGGGGUUUAUCUUUGACUACAACUACUAGCAUUACGUCUGUCACUGUCAAUCUCUGGGUUUAUCUUUCACUGCAACUGCUACCAUAACGUCUGUCACUGUCAAUCCCUGGGGUUUAUCUUUGAAUACAACUACUAGCAUUUUGUCUUUCACUUCAGAUUGACCGCCCUAAUUCUACUCUAUAUCACGAAGGGCUCUAUCUUAUAUACAAUUCUCGACCUCUGUAGGUGGUCCAGGAAUGCUAUCUAUGAACACAUCCCUCCCCCUUCAUUUCUGAUGAAUUAAGAACAUUCGUUGUUAACCCCAGUUUUUCUUGCCAUGCCUGGAAGGCCCGAAGCAUAAUAUUAUGGGAAAAAAACAUUGCUCUCUAUCUCAAGAUGUUAGAAUCUAUUAAGCUUGGCCCCCUUAAAAUUCCCCUCCCAAAAUCACAGCAAUUUCCAUCUGCCCUAUCAAAUACCUGAACAACAAUGGAACUCUCUUCUGUCCCCCACCUCAGUCAUUUGUGACAGAAGGUUAUCCACGUGAUAAUUCUUUCAAAUAGCUGCCUACCAAUGGUAAGUAAGCUAUAAGAAGAGAUUCCCACUCCGUCCAUUUACGGGUUGAUUUCAUGAGAAAUUAUAAGGAAAGGAUUAGUUUUAUUAAAAGUUCCUUCCCAUUUUUAUAUUUAUUUUUUAACAUCCUUGUUUUAUACUCCCAAGUUAACUUAAAAUUGAAACUAAUAAUUUUUCUUUUAAAAUUUAUCAGAUUACAUUACAGUGCAAAGUUGAUGGAUAUGACUAAGAAAUAUGUAAAUGAACAGAAGGUGAGGUUAAAGUUUUUCAGUUUAGAUUUGAAUUUAAACAUAAAUGAUGCCCUCUGUCUUAUGCUUUAAAAUAGUGUCUAAAAAUGUUUGCCAGUCAUUUCCAAAAACUGUAAAAAUUUGUCUAUUUUCAAAAUAACUCAUCAAAAAAUUUGCUUAAAUAUGUAAUUAUUUUUUGUAAGUCAAUAUUUUAGCUAUUUGAUUACAGAAAUUUGUUUGCUAAGGCAGGAUUUUAGCUAUUGGAUUACAGAAAUUCUUUGCUAUGAUAAAAUGGAUUAGAACUGUAUAUGCUGAUGUGCAGACAGUAAGAUGUGGAUACAGUGAGAGGAACUUAAAUGCUGAAAGCAGUGGAAUAAAACUUUAAAACUUUAUGGCCUGCGUAAUUGAGAUGUCGAGUCAUAUUGAAUGUGAAGCACUUGUUUGAAACACUGAAAGGAGAAAUAACCACAUUACCAUUUUAGGAACUGAAUCCUUAAAAUCAGACCAUGGACUAGAAAUAAUGUUGUAUACCAUAAAUAAAUGUGCUACUGCAUUAUAUGACUUUACUAAUAAUGGUUUUGCCAUCAGGUUGUGAUAAAUAAAUGUGCUACUGCAUUAUAUGACUUUACUAAUAAUAGUUUUGCCAUCAGGUUGUGAUCUUUUGUCCAUUUAAAUUGACCCUGAGCUCAAUUAAAGAAGUUAUUAACUAUCCUGGUAAGUGAAUUAAGAUUUAUAUUUUCACAUCCUCCAUGAUAAGUUUUGUAUCACUCCAUUUUGUGAACCACUAACCUAUGAAUUUUUUUUAGUUCCACUAUGAAUAUUUGACUUCUGACACUCCACUAGGAUUCAUUUCAAUAAUUAAUUCUACCUACAUUUAACAUUGAAAAUACUAUUUUAAAUUUACAGUACUAAAUAAUUUUAGUAGUUUUAACAAAGCUUUGAAUAUAUCACAAUUUUGUAUUCAUUUAUUUUAGUUACAUUUACAUAUUAUUGUGAAUAAAAGUUAUUUUUAUUUGAAAUAACCAUGUUCAUCUAUGCAAAACCCUAGUUGCCAUGUCCAUAUCUUAAACUCAAGUAUUUAUUUAAUAAGUAUUAUUUAUUCUAAAAAUCAGUUUUCAUUUUAUUCAGAGUCCUAUUUUUCGCUACAACACACCUUGAUUUAUCUGAGACUUCACAUCCAGGAAAGUGUCAAAAUUGACAAAGGUUGUAGUGACAUAUUGGAAAUCUACAUGUAUUUAGACAGUUGUGACAAUGUGAGAGCAUUGCAAAUUAUGAGGUAAAUUGUUCUCGAGAAAUUUUUUUUUGUUUUUGUUUGACUGACAAUAUAAGAAUUUCAAGCACAAUGCUAAUGUUUUACAAUUAGUUCAUCCACACUAUCACUAUCACAACAACUGCACAUGCCCUUGCAGACUAAGAAUCUAUAUGAUUUUGUUAAUUAAUUCUCCUGACUUUUUUUUUAUUGCAGAGAUAUCCUGAAAGUAUUGUCCUACUGGUCAGAUAUUUAUAAAGGUCUUGGUGAAAAAGUAAGAUCAUGUUAGCAAGGUUAAUUUUCUUUUGCAAGGCUAAAGGGUGUCUAUGGACUGAUUAAACAGUUUAAAUAUGAAUGUUAAAAUCAUUUCACUUUAUCUCAAAGGGAAUGUUUCUCGAAUAACAGAGAAUGAAAUUUUACCUAUAUCUAAAGUUAUAAUAAUUCUUCCUAGGGCACCUGAAUUGAAUGAACCAGGUUUUUAUCUGAUACUUAUCAACAUAUUGGGUGAUGUUAAUAAUGCAAUAAUAUCUUGUGGAACUACCAAUGCAUAGAUUUGUGAAAUGUUCAUGGGAUUUUUAACCAGUUAUUCUCUUUUCACAGUAAAUUAAUAUAAUUAAUAAUAAUAUUGUUUAUGACAAAAAUCAAUAAUGGAGUAUUAACUUUAAAUGGUCUGUUUUCUAAUCUUUACUAGAUUUCAUCUUUGAUGAACACAGCAUCUGAAGUAAAUGAAAGACUCCUUAUAAAAUACAUUGAAUCUAGUCUAAAUCCUCUACCAGCAUCACCAAAUGAUAAAGGUAAAUUCUCAUUCUAGCUAAAUUGACUGUAUUUUUCAAAACUAAUGGUUGCCAGCCCAUUUUCCGUUUCUGUCCCAUAAGCUGAUUCUACCGGCUCAUGAUUAAAAAAUUUUCAAAACAAAAAGCCAAAGUAGUAAAAUGAUUUGGCUUUACCUCGCGAUGACCAGUGUGUGAUUUUGCUUUGUGAUUUCUUGCUACAGUUGAGUCUAAGGAAUUCAGGAACACACCCUCAUUAGAGAUGUAUUGCUGGCAAAGUUCUAGAAUUAAUUCAAACACAGCAAUAUGAUAUAACAAAUAUUAAUUUAACAUCUCAGGCAUCUGAGUAAGAAAAAUAUCAACCCCAUGUUGAAAGUUGGUGCUACAAAAGUUUUAUCAGUGCCCUCCAGUAAAGGGGAAAAGCUACUGAGCUAGUAGUGAUUUCAUCAACUUUAAAACAACUGAAACAUUAUCAAAGUGUGUGAAUGACAAGCCUCUUUACCUGAAUAGUUUUGAGAAGUAGACAAAACAGCAGAUAAUUUUUUAUUCUGAAAAGUCACAAUGUUAAUCCAAAUCUACAUCACAUUCACAAACUGAAAAAUGCAAAGAAAGAUUGUUUUUAUCCUCAUAACAGAUGAAAUUUCUUCAUUGGGGAUUUUAUUAUUUUUGUGCCAAGAAACACUUCAUUUCAAAAGAAAUCACUUCUCAGUGUUUCAAAUUUUUUAAGUGUGACUAAUGUGUAACUAGACAAGAUUGAAAAAAACCUUAGCCCAUUCACAUUUAAAUCAUCAUGGAACAACACCCAUGGACUGGCUCAGACUCAAACUCUGUCUGUGUAAUAGUAAAUCAAGAUGAUGAAUCGAAACUUACUUCAGUCAAUACUAAAUAUACUACUUUGUCAACCAUAGCGCCCUUAUUGAAACAGGUGAACCUAUUCAAAAUCAUCAUGUGACAUGUUUAAUAUGUAAGAUGGACUAUGAUCAUAUCAUUGAUCAUAGCUGUAGUCCAAAUGAACAUAUUUAUAUAUUACUGUCUAAUAUUCAACAGCAGCCUAUCAUCCUGAUAUUGAUCCUCAUUCUUUACUGGCAUCGUGAUAUUUAUUUUAAAACCAUGCGACUUUUUCUGGAGCCCGUCUGUUGUGGACUGGAGAAGGCGGAGCACCCUGGUCUACAGGCUGCAUUCCCUUGCGGAAGCCAGCCUGUAUUGGGCUGAGGCCCCCAGGUACCAGUAGAGCCUCUGGUUAACCAUUCUCUCGGCUACCUUCCCCAAACACGUUGUUUAGGAAAUUGGACGAUAGCCGGUCGGUUGAUCGAGUUUCUUCCCUUCUUUGGGAAUAGGAACGAUGGUAGCACUAAGCCAAGCUCUUGGUAGGAUUCCUGUUACCCAGGAUCUGUUUAUGAUUGACAAUAGCUUUGUCCUAGCUAUCGGGCCAAGGUUUUUGAUCAUUUCGUUACAUUGAAUGAACUAAAACAAUCUAUAUGAAUCAAACUGAAAUAUCAACAUUUAGGCAAAGAGAUAUACUGAUUUGCAUAAUUUAUGCAUGCAAUAUUUGCUUACACUUAGAAUAAAUAUAUAUCUUAAUUUCAUAAUGUUGUUAAAUUGUAUGAUUCUUGAAGCCUAAAUAUCUCCUAACAAAUAUUUGAAUGAGAUUCAAUGUAAAAAAACUACAUAAAAUAUACCCCUGGGGCUUCUUAUGCCUUUUGGCAUAUUUCAAGGUCGCAUUUUUUUUAAACAUUUAUAGAGUCACUGGUACCAAAAAAAAUUGAUAUAAAUGACAGCAUACCAUGAACUAUCAAUGGAAGCUGCCAUUAAAAUGGUGAGAUGAGCAAGAAACGCGAGAAGCAAUCUGGUUAACUGGUACAAAGUCCAGCCAGCCAAUCUCAAGGCUUUCAUUAUCAGACUGAUGGAUCGGCCACUAGUCUUAUGUCAUUCGACUCUGGGCCAAUAGAACAGCACAGCCGUCUCAAAAGGUUUAACUGUUUACUGAAUAAAAUGCCUUUGUAAAAAAUAUUUAGUCAAUCGAUUGAAAAAUUUCUGAAAUAAACUUGAAGUCAUUAGACAUUGUGAAUAUUUUUUGUUUACUUAUCUAUCUUUUUUUUUUUUUUUUUUUUUUAAGUUGAUAUCAAAUUAAUUUUAUUGCAAAGUAAAUUCAAUUUUCUGUCGAUAGAAAUUAAACACUUGGGGUCUUUCUAUUAACCUCAGGACUUAGAUUUAAACAGUAGUCUUGUUUUUGUUGUAUAUGAAAUUGCUUGGUAAAACUGUGGAAAUACCCAAGGAAGUCGAACAGUUCAUCAAGCCAACUUUUAUAAACAUUUUUUUAAAAAUAAAUACUACAUGUUUCCUAAUUGUUUUUUAAUAUUUUAUAUCUUUUACCAGACUUGCAAGUGAUAAAAGCCAUGGUCGACUGGCUGAGUUACAAAAGCACCAGAUCGUCAAAAGUAAGCCAAGCAAGUAAUAUCCCCAUGCUGUGCCAGCAGGUGAAGAGUCCAGCCUGUUCAAUUUGCUCAAGUGAUAUCCUCUACCCAAACUUUUCUCAAUAAAACCAGUUUAAAAAAGUUACCACUAGCUCACUACUUUAAUUAAUUAAAAUGUUGCCAAUUUCAUUGACAAAUAAUGGGAUGAUAACUCUUGUUGCGCAACCAAGGUAUGGGUUCUUUUCUUUGAUUGCUUUUUAACAUAUUUUAAAUCUUUUGUUAAAUUAAGAAUGAUGUGGUAAAUAGUAUAUUAGUAACCAGUACCAUAAUGAAUGCGAAUCGUCAACUUUUUUGAAGUUAAAUCUCCUUAACAAGUGCUUAAAAUUUCACUUGUGUGAUGAACUGUCAGUGCAGUGCACCAAAGGCCAUGUAAUGAGUAAGUGCAUGUGGUUGUCAUGUCGCAAAUUUUUAGAAAAUUAAUACACCAGUAUUUAUGUAUUAUAAUAAAAAUUAUUUUAUCUGGCUUAAUUUAGAGCGAAUAUAAAUUAUAAAAUGACUGUCAUCUACUUUGUUAAGAUCUGUGCAGCUUGAGUUUUCUUCCCUGCCAAGAUCCCAGUAUGAGAACCUGUGAAGCCUGCGGUCACCCAGCUGUCAGUGAACAGUGGCUGUGUGGUAAGGAUCAGCUCAUUUCAACAUAGCAUGUGGCCUUAGCAGUUUAAUGUUUUACUGAUUUGUUAAAAAUUUGAAUGAUUUAAUGUAAUCUUUUUUAAGUGGAAAUCGUUCUAUAUAAAUAAGUUGGCUUCCUAUUUCCUUUUCUAUCUGCGUGAUAAUGUGCUUUUGUCAUGGCUUGUUUGUGAUUAAUCGGGUGUGAAAUUCGCUCAAUUUUUUAAACUAAGACAAGGCAAAAUAUGACCCUGUGGGGCCUGCACUCGUUUCAUUCCUAAAGAGAUACCCCAGCUUCAACUAUCUGCAGCUCGACUCUUGAUUUUUUGUUAUAAAAACUUUUCUCUGGUUUAAUUUAUAUUAAUGUUUAAAAAAGGUUUAAUUUUAUCCUGUUCGGCCCACAACCUUACGCGUGAUUUGAGUUUUGGCCCACUUAGCCUUUGAGUUUGACACCCCUGUUCUAGAGUAUUAAUUAAUAAAAAAAAUAAAGGAUUCAAUAACUUCAAUGGAAAAUGAAUUUUUGAAUUCAUUUUGUGCUUUCUCCUUUGUAUUUUGUGUGACAGAAAUUUGAAGGUGGUGAAUGAAAAAAAGAAUUCACCAAUGUUACAGUUUUCAAUAAAAGUACCGUAACUUGACAUUCUCUAAAAGAAUAUUGCUUCUGAUAUCUCAAAAAUUUAUUUUAUGGUAGUUUGAAUAAUUUAUGGAGUAUUGGGUAAGGUUCAAUGCAGAAGUUGAGUUUUACUCACUGUAAUGGCAAAGGUCAGUACAAACAUACAUAAUAUUAAACAAAUUCUUUUAAUACCAUAAAAUACCUUGUCCAAAGUACUUUAAAGGAAAUGUAUACUUGUAAGGGUGUCUGAAUUCAUUACGUAUAAUAUUUUGUCACUUUCGACAAACAUAUGAAAAUGCUAAAAAUGGCUUGACUCUACAGAUAAAUGCACUUGGCAGUUAUAUUAUAGGGUUUAAAAUACAAAGAACUAAUACCCCCUCCCCCGCCCCAUUUCUUCAAAUAUGUUGUUUUUUUUUUAAAUUGAUUUUCAUCUAUGAAGACCUUGUUUUUUUUAAUGACUUAAAUAAAUCAGCCAUAAAUAAGACAGUACUAGUAUUUAUUAACAUGAUUUUUAAUUAUUUUUCCUGUGCCUUUCUUUGAAAUUCAACAUAUUUCAUUUUACAGGUGUCCUUCUUGUGAAACAGAGAGUGAUGUGUACACUUUGUGGAGGAUUUUUACGUCAAAUUUCUGAAUAGCAUUAUGGACCAUUAUCAGCCUUCCAAGGUCUAUACUAUAGUACAGGCCUGCACAACUCAAAAUGUUAGGCGGGCCAUAAUACUUUAUGAAAAACUUGUGCAGGCCGAAAGAAAAUAGGACAGGACUUGCGCGGGCCUAAAGAAAAUAGGGCAGGGGAAAGCUAUUAAGAAAAUAAUACGAAUAAAGAAUAUUUCAUUACUUCGCGGGCCACAAAGUGGGUGCUGGCGGCCCGCAUUUUGUGCAGGCCUGCUAUAGUAUAUUCUAGCCCACAACUGUAGUAUUUUCUAGCCCACAAACUAAAAGAAGAAGAAAAUAAUAAACUUUGUAUUGUUGUAUUCUAUUUAAUUUAUUCACUGGCCUCAUGUUGGAAACAAAAUAUUUAUAAAUCGCUCGGCACCCUUGACUGGCUGAAUAAAUUAGGGACAGUUGAUAAAUCUUCUUUUCUUGCAAUUGUUGCUGGUUGCAGGAAAAGACAAAAGAUGUAGCCAACAUUUCAGUACAGCAAGACAAGGAUCAUGAUCAGCUAACCAAGAGCAUAUCUCUUUGGCAAGAAAUGUACUGGAAGAAGUGGAGGCAUUCAUAUUCAGUGCUCAAGCAACACCGUUCCAGUCAUAAAAUUUGCUGAUGAUACCACCAACGUUGGCUUAAUAUCUGAGGGAGAAAGCUUAUACCGCAACUGUUACAAGCUGUGUCAAUUGGAAAAUAAAAAUUAUUUUGUUCCCCAAUCUGUACGAAUUUACCAGCAUGCUCCCCCAGAAGUCACAAAUCUACGUGAGAACUAAUAACUCCCUGUUUAUGACUAAGGGAGUUCAAUAAAUAGCUGUUUUUUUUCACUGGUGAAAUACGGUAAUUUAAUGUUGAUGUCUUGUGUUCAAAUUGUUUUACUUGAAAAAUUUCAACUUUAUUUAAAUAUCUAUUUAUUUAUAUGCUGAAAAUGAAUAUGUACAAUGCCAUCAAAAAACAUUUCCAUUUGUUUGGAUCAAUAAAAGAAUCUUAUCUUAUCUUGG